AUGGCCUCCAAUGGCGUACCCACCAGCACCAGCACCAAACACCGCUCCUGCGCCGAUAUCGUCACCGCUGCCCGUAUGCGCUCCCACGAGAAGCGCGCACGGCGCACCAAGCAGCCAUGGAUCACGCUUAAGCUCGCAGUUGGCAUCGCGGGUGCACUUAUCGCGUACGCCUGCUAUGUGUAUAUUGGGAGACUUUGCGUGCCUAUGAUCAAGCGUAACGGAUCAGGAGACGCGUUGGGUGGGAGAGGGACAGGAGAUCGGAAGGAUGAUGAGUUGCGGGUUUGA